GUAUGUGUGUACGGCAGAGACUCUGUCAAGAAGCUCUCGACCAAGUCGUAAAAAAGUUUUCCGAUUUUGUCGAGAUAUCCUUUGAAUGUUUUGCAUCGCAACGCGCAGUUCUUAGACGUCUUACUUUGAUUUUAUAUUUUUGUAAUUUAAUAUAUCUAAUAUAAAUUUCAUAAUUUUGUUAUAAAAAUGUUCCUUAUAAGCUUCUUGCACCUCUGUAUCGUUCGGUUUGUUAACUGUCGUUCAGGGGAUGAUCGAUCAAUUGACAACCGGAUGCAAAGUUGUUGGAACGAGCGACGUCCCGCACUGCUGGGGGCCAUGAACCGAUCGCAACCUUGACAUUUACAUUUUCGGCGUUAGAACGGCAAGAUUGUCGCGUGACUAUUCUCCGUCGUAGAAAAGAGCCCGGAUAUAAUUAUUGCCGGGGUUGCGUUAAUUCCGAGAGGGAAUUUUGCGCACGCGUCCGCAUAUUUACGAAAAUAGAAUGGAUUUGGAACGACGCACAAUUUCAGCGGUGGAUACAACUACUGGACAAAAGGUGGCGAUCAAAAAGUUAGCCAGGCCGUUUCAGUCAGCUGUGCACGCAAAACGCACAUAUAGGGAGCUGCGUAUGUUAAAACAUAUGAAUCAUGAAAAUGUAAUAGGACUGUUAGAUGUAUUUCAUCCGUCUUCAUCUUUGGAAGAUUUUCAACAUGUAUACCUAGUCACACAUCUAAUGGGCGCUGACCUAAAUAAUAUUGUCAGAACGCAAAAGCUUUCUGACGAUCAUGUGCAAUUUCUCGUCUAUCAGAUCCUCCGUGGUUUAAAAUACAUCCAUUCUGCAGGAAUUAUACAUAGGGACUUGAAACCGUCCAACAUAGCGGUCAACGAAGAUUGCGAACUGAAAAUACUAGACUUUGGGUUGGCUAGGCCCACAGAGAACGAAAUGACCGGUUACGUCGCCACUAGGUGGUAUAGAGCACCUGAAAUUAUGCUUAAUUGGAUGCAUUACAAUCAGACAGUUGAUAUUUGGUCAGUGGGAUGCAUAAUGGCGGAAUUAUUAACUGGGAGAACAUUAUUUCCUGGAACAGAUCAUAUUCAUCAACUGAAUUUAAUUAUGGAAAUUUUGGGUACUCCACGAGACGAGUUUAUGAAAAAAAUAUCAUCAGAAUCGGCCAGAAAUUAUAUUCAAAGUUUGCCGCCGUUAAAAAAAAAAAAUUUUAAAGAGGUAUUUCGUGGAGCUAAUCCUUUAGCUAUUGAUUUACUGGAACUGAUGUUGGAAUUGGAUGCAGAGAGAAGGAUCACAGCGGAACAGGCUUUAGCACAUCCAUACCUUGCACAGUAUGCAGAUCCAACUGACGAACCUGUUUCUCUACCAUAUGACCAGAGCUUCGAGGAUAUGGAUCUUCCAGUAGAGAAAUGGAAAGAACUUGUGUAUCAUGAGGUUGUAAACUUCGUCCCACAGCAGCUACCUACAUUGUCUUCGACAAUUGAAACGACUUCUUAAGAACAACUUCUUAAGAACAGUUAUAACGCGUGUAAUAUAGAUUUAAGCACAGUAAGAUACAAUAAUAUAUAGAUUAACAUUAAUCAUGAGAGUAAAGGAUAUAUAAUUAUUAUAUACAAAAAUAAUACUGUAUAUAAUUUAUAAAUAACGUAGUAUAUCGUUGAUAGUUGAGCUAAUCUGUCCAGAAGAUAGGAUAUAUUUUUCUCGAAAAGAAAACUAAACUCACUUACUGUUUAAUUACGUAACUCGGUUAUCAGUAAUGUCUGUUACACAACGAUCUCGUUGUGUAUAAAUUUUUUAAGUUAUUUUAUCAAGUAUCAGUUCUCUUAGUCCAUGAAAGAGAUCAUACAAUUAUUUGAUUUUAUGAAAUAAUCGAUUAUUAUCAUAUAUAAAUUAUGAUGAACUUGCUAUAUGAUACAUUCAAAGUACGUAGUAUCAGAUAUAUACAUGUAACUUUAGACUUAAACAUAUAUAAUGAUAUAACAAUUGUAGUACUUAUUAUUUUUUAAUCAUGCUACUAAAUCAAAAAACAAUACGAUAUAUUUCUAACUAUAAAUCCGCCCGUGUUUGCAAACUUAACAAAACGACCAAUAUUUGCUGAAAUCUAAAAAGAAUUCCUAUUACAAUAGAGAAAACAAAUGGUAGCAAUAAAAUGGAAUUGAAUAUACGAGGCAUUGUUAUAAAUUAGGAAUUGCAUACUUGAUAACAAUAAAGGAUAUAUAUUGCCAUAUAAACAUAAGAUUAUAAAAUUUACAAAACAAAUGUACAAUAAUUUAUAUUUAUAUUGCUAAUGUGUGAUAGAAGAAAAGGAAAUAUGUAUGAAGAUAUAUUUGAAACUGGUCUGAUUUCCCUUUCAAACUUUUCAUUAAUUUUUUUAUUAGGUUUGUUUUUUAUUGCUGCACUGCUGGACUGCACUAGAACUUCUCCCGCUUUCGUCAAAUUUUAAACAUAUACUUAUUUCAAGUUUCAACCAGUCAGCUAUAAAAAACAGACCUAAUGAUACAAGUAUCAUUCAUCUUUUUCUUUAUGUCCUCUUUCUAAAUUUCUGUGUAUUCGUAAUCGAGCAGUACAAUGAAUAAGUGUAUUGUAACAUUUAUGGUAUAUUUUCCUUUUGGUAGUCAUACACACUAUUCAAAAAACACCAGCUGAAUGCAAAUCUUGCCCAAGCUUAUAUGUUUAAAUAAAUUGUUUUAUCUUGAUAGUAUUGAUUGAGAAGGUUAAAUAACCUAAUUAUAGUUUACCAUAAAAUAUUUUUUUAAUAUGCCAAAUAUAUGGACUGAGGAUGAUACUGAGAAAUUAAUAGCACUUUAUGGACAAUAUCAAUGUUUGUGGAACUCAUUUCAUUCUGAGUUCAAUAGCAAAUCAUUGCGUUACGAAGCGUACAAGGAGAUAAGAAACUCCAUGAAUAUUCCUGGAUUAACAAUAUGUGAUUGUAUUAAGAGAAUUCAAAAUGUAAAAAAAGAAUACUGUUAUGAACUAUCAAAAAUUGCUGCAGCUAUUUCUUGUGAAAAAUUGUAUGCGCCAAAAGCGAAGUGGUUUAAAACGACGCACAUGCUCUUCUUUCCAUACAUGUCAAUAUCUCAUUAUAAUAAUUUUAGGAAGGUAUGAUGUAACAGAAUAGUAUAUGAGAAAUAAUUAUACAGGUUUGAUUGCUAAAUUAUAUUUAUAUGAUAAAGUAGUAGCAGUUAUAUAAUGAUAAAUAUCAUUAUUUUUUAAAAUUAUGUAUUGUAAGUUAUGUUCAUAUUUUGUUCAUGUUUGUAAUGCGUAUAUUGUUUUAUAUUAUAUUUAUAAUAUGCACGAACGUAUUUGCAGCAAGAUAACAAUUAUCAAAAAUUUAAUGAUGGCAGUAUUCAAAAUAAAUUUUUGCAUUCAUCUUUUGAGAAAUCAGAGGGCAAACAUAUUUGCUCAUGUAAUACUUGUGGAAUGUGUGAGCUUCAAGAGAUCGAGUUGUGUUUAAAAUUGAGGUAAUUUGUUAUUUAUAUAUCUAUUUUGUGUAACUCUAUAAGGCAUCACAAAAUAAAAUACAAAAAUAUUUUUCAAAUACAGAGAUACCAUUCCUUCUGUUCCGAAAUUGCAAGAUGCUCUCGUCCCUUCUGGAACUAUUCAAACGAUUGAUGUAGCGACAGAAACGAGUAAUGAUAUUAUUGCAGAACACGAAACGCAAACGGAUUUGCUUCACGUUAGAAACGAAUAUGAGAGACACAUUAUUAAUAAGUAUAAGAUACAAAUACUUUCGAUAAUUUUAUAUUUUUAUUACAAUGUUACAAUUUUAAUAGGAGCGAAAAUAUGUCGCAGGCGACAAUGGAGGAAAAAAGGUUUAUAUGUACUAAAUAAGCAAGUAAUUUAUAUUGCCGAUUUUUCAAGAGAAAGAAUGGAAAAAAAAUGUAAAAUCUUUUGUAACAGGAUAGUUCUACAUGCAUGGAUGAUAUUCUUUUAGAAGUGCAUGGCAGGAAAAAAAUUGAAGAUAACUUUGACAUAUUUGGAAAAAGCAUAGCGUUUCAAUUACGAACUAUUGACAUUCGUAAGUAAAAUCUGUUGAUUAUAAUAGGAAAUAAUUAUCAUUAUUGAACUAGCAUAACUUAUUUUUAGAGACUGUUAUGGAAUUGGAAAAGGAAAUACAAAAUUUGAUAACAAAAGCGCGAUUAAAAAUCUUAGAAUCUAAACUAACGGACCAGAGUAGUAGCUCAAUUUGUUGUUGCGAUUGUAACGACUGUAAUGUAAUAUGUAAAGAUGAAACUUGUAGCUGCGGUCUAACAUUACAGGAAUGUUUAUUACUUACUAAAAUCAAAGAAAGCAAGGAAUUUGGAUUUUGUUACAAGCAAUAGGCAAGAGAGGAAAAAAAAUUUUUGGCAAUAAAGUACCAACGUGAUUGCAAUCAA